UGGGCGGGGCACGCUGCCCAGCUCCUCCUCCGCGCCCGGCCUGGCGGCGACGGCCACUCCAACCCUACGUAGGUCCCAGCAAGAGGAGGAAGCGCGAGGCCAGCGCCGCCAGACGCAUGGAGCCCAACGUGCGCUUCUGGAUCGCGGAACGCCGAUCUUUUGUUCAGAGGCUUCUUCAGUGGACAGAAUUAUUAGAUCCUACAAACUUGAUCACUUCAAUUGAAAAAAUAGAAAAAUCGAGGCAACUGCUGUUUACCAGUGAAGAUGCAUACAGAUUCGACGUGGAUGACCAGAGGAUUAAAGAUGCUUGGAAAAGAAGCCUCUCAACCGUGCAUCCUGACAGCAGCAGGCUGAUACCCAUUCUCUUCCGACCUGCAGCUUUCCUGCCUUUGACGGUGCCCACGGUAUUUUUGUCAAUGAUGCCAGCAAAAGGGAUGAAGUCCAUGAUUUUACCCCAGGUUUCCUUAUAUGCCUACACCACAGGGUUCACCAUGGUCAACGGAAACGCAAGUUACAGUCACAGUCUACCAGCAAAAAUAUUAUUAGGAGCAGGAGUAAUUGCUUCUUCGACCUUCUUUGGGUUAAUUCCACAUUUGGUACAAAUGAAGUAUCAUCUGGAUAACCCUUGGAUCAAAAGAGCCUUACCGAUUGUCUUUCUUGCACAAGUCAGUGGAAUGAAUGUUUUUGCUUCUCGGAGUUUGGAGCCUGUCCAAGGGAUUGAGGUCAUGGACAAGGAUGGCAAUGUCAUAGGACGUUCCAGAAGAGCUGGAAGAAAGGCUGUUAGAGAAACAGCAAUCUCCAGGGCAGUGCUGUUUGGGACCUCGGCUUUUAUUCCUGAAGUCUUCACCUACUUUUUUAAAAGAACCCAGUUUUUCCUGCAAAAUCCACAAUCCUUAUGGACCCUAAAACUGUCCUGUACUCUCCUGGUGAUGGGGGUGAUGGUGCCCGUGUCUUUCAGUAUGUUUCCACAAAUUGGACAGAUAAAGUACAGUAAACUUGAAGAGGAAAUUCAGGCUUUGACGGAAGAAACAGAACUGUUCUAUAACAGAGGGGUGUAGGCGCCAGGUAUGAGUGAUUCUGGCUCCUGCUUGAAGACCUCCCUGCCCUCCAGGUUUCAGUUCACAAAACCCUGCCGACCCCGACAUCCCUGGGAACCUCUAGAAGCAGGAUGGCUUCUAGGGACUUUGAGGCUGGUGGAAGAAGUGAUGGGAGUGUGUCCUGACCAACACCCCACGUGAGGCUGCUGUCCAGCAGCAGCCUGUGGGAGGACUGUGCAGCUACUAAUGAACUUUGUCUAAAGUUGAAUAUUGAAACAGUACAAUGAAGGGUGCACCUGGCCCAGGAGGUGGGCACUAAAAUGACAUCCCAUCUCCAGAUAAGCGCAAGCAGCCCUGUUUCCCUCCUUGGCUCACUCCAUCCUGGACAACCUGCAAGUCCUGCCAUGCUGCCCACUGUGCUGUACCCACUGCGCACUGACAGGAGGCUCUGCCUCCUUCCAUGGAAAACCAAGGAUGUUGGCCAGCAGUGACCUCCUGGUUGGCGUGCAAUUAGCAAACCUCCUCCACUCACACCCAGCCUGUCCAUGUAAGGUUACCUGUCCCUAGGUUUUGGGCUCCUCCCUUUGGACCUCAGGGCCUUGCACUACAGCCUCUGCAGUCCCCUCUGGCCUCAGCCUCCCUCUCUGCUGGCUCCUCCCCAGGAGCAUUUAAACUGCCUCAUUAAAAAAGCAAAAAUCCAUCCACAGUCA